ACUCUCAGAACGAGUCAGUGAGCUGUUUUCUACCUGCAGUAACAGUGGGGUCUGUCAGGUACUCAGGAGGUCACGGAGGACGUGGAGCUGGAUGUAUGAGACAGCUUCAUGGGCGUGAAGGACCAUCUGGAGGAUGGAACAGGCCACAUGCAUAGCCUGGAGCUGGAUCUGGACUACCUCCACGUGGAAGGUGCUGAACGGCAGGUCGGCCUGAGCACUGUGACGGUCGCUGGUAAUUUAGGGGUCUUACAGGUCACAGAAGGUGCCCAGAGUAACAGCAGUAACAGUAGCACAAGCUUUAGUACUAAUUCAUGCUACAGCAGCAGCAGUAGUUGCAGUAACUUCUCUGACAGUGACGAUGAGCGGCUCCAGAAUGGGUCCAAUUCAGAAACUCCAAACCCUCAGCAAGAACAGCAGGAUGUACACCUCCAAGAGUCCUCUUCAGUCUUUCAGACAGUCAGGCUGGACCUGUCUCCAAACCGAACCCCUGCAGACCCCCCACAGCCAGAAACAUCAUCUCCCACUGACCCCGCCACAGAAUACCGCGCCAAAGUGGAGUUUGCUCUCAAGCUAGGCUACUCUGAGGCGCUGGUGCUGCUGGUGCUGAGGAAACUGGGCCCUGACGCACUCAUCAAUGACAUCCUGGGUGAGCUGGUCAAACUGGGAACCAAGACAGAGAUGGAGCAACAAGGAGGUUCCACUGCCUCCCAGUCUCUUACCUCCUCUCCGUUGUCCUCUUUGAACGGCUCCUUCGCCUCCUCUAACAACUCCUCUCUGGACUCCUGUCGGAUGCUGUGUCCGUCCCAGCUUCUGGACGACAAAGACAACCUCAGACCAGUUGUUGUUGAUGGAAGCAACUUAGCCAUGAGUCAUGGAAAUAAGGAGGUAUUCUCCUGCCAAGGCAUCCAGCUUGCUGUUGAUUGGUUUUUGGAGCAAGGCCACAGAGACAUAACUGUUUUUGUCCCUGCCUGGAGAAAAGAGCAGUCCCGUCCCGAUGCUCUUAUCACAGACCAAGACGUCUUACGGCGACUAGAGAAAGAGAAGAUUCUGGUCUUCACUCCGUCUCGCCGUGUGCAGGGACGCAGAGUGGUUUGCUACGAUGACCGCUUCAUCGUCAAACUGGCCCACGAGUCCGCCGGCAUCAUUGUUUCCAAUGACAACUACCGUGACUUGGCCAAUGAAAAGCCAGAGUGGAAGAAAUUCAUUGAUGAGCGUCUACUGAUGUACUCCUUUGUAAAUGACAAGUUCAUGCCACCAGAUGACCCUUUGGGACGACAUGGACCCAGUCUGGAGAACUUCCUGAGGAAAAUACCUAUUGUUCCUGAGCACAGGAAGCAGCCGUGUCCUUAUGGUAAGAAAUGCACAUAUGGCCACAAGUGCAAGUUUUACCACCCUGAAAGAGGCAGCCAGCCCCAGCGUGCCGUGGCUGAUGAGCUUCGUGCCAGUGCCAAAAUGUCAUCAGUAGCUUCUAGAGGCCUGCUGGAAGAUGCCCUGACAGUGAAAAACCAAAGUUAUGGUGUAGCAGUAGGAAUGGCCGAGGCUGAGCCAAGUCAGAGCACCCCAAAGAAACAGCCGAACCCCAGCCUUCAGAGCUCCUUAACUGACCUCGUGGAGGACAGGUUUCGUAUCCAGUCCAAAGUGGACGGGCGUCGGGGAAGCAGCAGUAGCAGCAGCAGCUGUAGCAGCAGCCUUAUUGGGUAUCCUGCUCCAGGCGGGCCGCCGUCAUUAGGAAGCUUUGACCACUGGGAGCAUCCUGGGGUUACUGGUGGAGGGAGGGCUUCUGGAGCCUCUGGACCAAGCCAGGCUGAAACCUACCACAGAUGUGAGUCUCCAGAGCCUAGCUACAGCUCAAUGGUAAAGAACUACUCCAGCCUCGGUCUGGUUGUGCCACAGAGUCCUGAACGCUUCUUCCCUGCUGAUCUGAGAGGUGGAUCGCUGCUGUCAGACUUUGGCAGUGAAGGAAGCUUAAACUCAGACUCUUUCUCCCCUGACCCCGUGUUAGACGAUGGCCACAAGUGCCACCAUCACCACCACCAUCCUCACCACCAUCAUCACUGCUCUGGCCAGUUUUCCCACGCUGUAAGCCGUGUUCCUCCUGGAUUCGGCCAGCAUCCUCAUGGCUAUCCUGUUCCUCAAGCUCUGCGGAGAAAACAUGAUUAUGGCCUCGAAGACCUGCCAGCUUCUGUUACCUCUCAUGGAUCUCCUCGUCCCUUCCAGUCCCCUUCAGCCUACAUCCCACCCCACUUUCAACAUCCAUUUGGGAGCAGUUUCCAAGGGGAAUUUCCAGCUCGGUCACCCCAAACGUCCACGGCUCACUCCCACGUUCAGAACUCCCCUCUUGGCCGCAAUUUGAUGGGCUCCGUUUGGCAGGAUGGUGGGCUCCAGGACUCCCAAAUGUACAAGGGGUCGCCACUUCAAUCCCGAAGGAACCACUCUGUGAUUAACCCACCACGACAGCAUCAGAUGAACUGGGACCCACAUUACCAGCAGUCCCCUAAGCCUUGUUAUGAUCCGUAUGCUUUCCAGAGCCCUCCAGAAGUCCAUGAGAAGGCUUGGCACUCUCCUUGGGGCAGGCAAACCCAUUCGUCACCGCAUGGCCUUUCAGCAUCAAGUCUUCCACCCCUUCACCAGUUAUCCCUUCCACCCAUUACUACCCACAAAAGCCACCUGCUGCCCUCAGUGCCUCAGCACCAGGAGCCUCCUGCCUUAGGUCGAUACCAGGACCUCAGGGAGAGGGUGUUUGUUAACUUGUGCCGCAUCUUCCCGCCAGAUUUAGUGAGGAUGGUAAUGACCAGGAAUUCUCAUAUGGUGGAUGCUCAGGAGCUUGCAGCUGCGAUUCUGAUGGAGAAAUCGCAGCACGGUUCUUGAAUGAAGUUACAGUUUCAUCUUAACUGAGAUGUCUUCUGCAGGUUUAUUACCUACGGUCAUCUUAGUUAUUUAAGUCAGGUUGGACUUACAUAGACCAAAAGCACAAGAUACAAAGCUCCUUAAGUUGGUAAUGGACUGCUUAUUUUAUUGCAGGGAAGUCUUGUUAAUUCUAAAUGGUAUUUUUUGUAAAGGGAGAUCCCCAAAUUGCCAUAUUUUUCGAUAAUAUGUCUGCUAUUUCAGCACUUAAGAUCAGGUAAAGUCUGGGUUUAAUUUGAUUGUUUGAGCAAGGGAAAUUGGGGUGCUUAGGGAGGCUUUAAAUGUGUCAUAAAGGGUGACAGUGUUGUCAAUUUUAAAUUAAUUAAUUUGUUAUAUUUUAAGUUAUUUACAUAUUUUGAAAUUAUUAUGUUUUUUUGCACUUUUUUGUUAUUGCUGUGUUCUCGCAGCUUUUCUUUUCGGCAAUCAUAUCAGGGUAUAGCUCAAAGUCGUACUUUCCAUCUGGGCGAAAUACUUCUGUUUUCCAGUCACUGAGAUCAUGACAACUUGGGGUGUGUAAAGGAAUCUACUAAAUUGUAAAACUUAAAUACACAUUUUGAAUAUUUUCCUAGCGUAUUUAAUGCUCAGAUUAGCUCAACAAACGGUGCAAGGGUUUCUCUGCAUACUGACAGGUGGCCGAUCUGUUGAUUUGGAGAUAUUUGGUGGAUUUUCCCCACAGGGAAGUGAAACUCAAGAGGCACCCACAAAAGAAGAGAGCAAAAACUCCACUAGAAAACCCCAAGCUGUUGUUCACUUUUGAAAAAGAGUUUAUUUCCUCUGGUAGGAUAGCCCUGUCAGCUGACUUCACGCUUUAUCAGCUUUCAGUGCUGACUUCUUUUUUUGUUUGUAACACAACACAACUUCGGUUCUUUUCUAUCUUUAAAUCAUGUCAAAGUUCAAUAUCAUAUGACUGUGGCAGUAGAUCAUGGUCACCAUAAAUGUUUAGGUGAGAGAAGAAGAUUGUUGGUAUUUUUAUGAUUUUAAUUUAAAAUACGUGUUAAUUUAUUACCUUUAAUGUGUGUGAAUGUCUGUCUUGCAUGAAACACAGGGUCUCCUUUGUCAGUGGGGACACCAAAGGGAAGGCUAAGCCCCUCAAAUAGGGUAUAACUCCCUUGUGCCCCUCUGUUACAUUCAUAUCUUUGCAGUAAAAGACAGGACAGGUGAAAGUUGGAAAACGGAAAAAAGUCAAAUCUUUCCUCAGAGUAUGACAACACUGGAAAUACUUGUACUUAGAUCGUAGUUUUUAGUUUAACUUUUUCUCAGAGGCUCUGGUUAUCUCAUUGGUUAAAUUACAACUUAAUGGUU